AUGAUUCCUAGAAUCUGUUCUGAUCACACACUACUUGUUCUUAAAAGUGGCAGUUGGGAACACAAAAAGUCUUAUUUCAAUUUUGAAGGAUGGUGGCUGGAAACUGUAGGCUUCAAUGAAAAGCUUAAGGAUUGGUGGGCUUCUUUUGAGUUUGUGGGAAGGCUUGAUUGCAUUUUAGCAACCAAGCUAACAGCUCUGAAGGCCAUAUUGAAAGACUGGAGCUCAAGUUCAUAUAGGAACCUAGAAAAGAAUAAAAAUUUGAUAUUGAGCAAAAUUGCAGAUUUUGACAGCAUCCAACAGAGCAGAUCAUUAAUUGAAGAGUGGCAAUCAAGAAAGUUAAUCUUUUUCAUGAAUUUUGAAGAUUAUGCCAAAAAGGAAGAGAUAGCAUGGAGACAAAUAUCAAGAACUUUAUGGAUUAAGAAAGGUGAUAAGAACACAAAGUUCUUUCAGAGAAUUGCUAAUGCUCGCAAGAGGAAUAAUCACAUUGAUAAGUUGAUGGUGGAAGGAAAAGAAAUUGUAGAGUCGAAGGACAUCAAAAGGGAGAUUAAUUCCUUCUAUUAG